ACUAAACUGGUUUCUUCAUAUAAUUAUUUGAAUUUUGUGAGCAAAAACUACUGUUAAUUGUACGAUAGUCCGAUAAACCUUUUGCAUUUUAUUCUUUUUCUACUAUUCUCAAUAAGACAUAACUUCAUUGAGAUUUAAAUCUUUAUUUCUAGUUUUCUGAUGAUAUCAUCUAUAGCAAGCCUUAUAUAUUUUUUGAUAUGGCAAUUAUACCCAAACCGAAAUUUGAAUUUUGUUUGAACGACUACGUUUAACGGAUUCCCUUGACGAAAAAUUGGGAUUUUGACGCAUUUUAUUUUAUUUUAGUGAAUUGUUCAGAAAUUUUCGAAACAUUGAGUGUAGCAAACACAGUGUGAAGUAUUUUAUGUGUGUAGUGCCAAGAUGACGUCGGAAAAGGGCUCUCGGAGGGAUAAAAACCAGAACAUCCAAGUGUUUGUGAGACUAAGACCUCUUAAUCAGCGGGAGCGAGACAUAAAGUCCCUGGGAGUGGUGGAAGUAGUGAACGGGCGAGAGGUGGUGGUGCGUCAGUCGCAGCAGACCACACUCACUAAGAAGUUCACAUUUGACCGCGCUUUUGCACCUAAUACUAAACAGAUUGAAGUGUAUCAGCAAGUAGUGAGUCCAUUAAUAAAGGAGGUGCUAUGCGGCUACAACUGCACCGUGUUCGCGUACGGGCAGACGGGCACCGGCAAGACACACACUAUGGUCGGCGAGAGCACCACAGAUGAGAAUGUUAACUGGCAGAAUGACCCUCUGGCCGGCAUCAUUCCGCGCGCUCUCAGCCAACUGUUCGACGAGCUGCGCAUCUCCAACACCGAGUAUACGGUCCGAGUGUCGUACCUGGAACUUUAUAAUGAAGAGCUGUUUGACCUGCUGUCUACUUCUGAAGAUAACUCCAAGCUUAGGAUCUAUGAAGAUGUCACUAGGAAGGGAGCUAACAUUGUUAAUGGACUGGAAGAGAUUACGGUAUACAACAAGAAUGAAGUAUACAAGAUUAUGGAACAAGGCCAGGAAAGGAAGCGGGUGGCUUCCACACUUAUGAACGCACAAUCCAGUGAGAAUCCCAAUGGCAAGCCUACAUUGUCCUACCGUUCCCACACAGUAUUCACCAUUGUAGCCCACAUGAAAGAGAAUAAUCAAGAGGGCGAAGAGCUAGUCAAGAUCGGCAAACUGAACCUGGUCGACCUGGCCGGAUCCGAAAACAUCAGUAAAGCUGGCUCUGAUAAUCCUGCGAAGAAGGAAAGAGCAAGAGAAUGUGUUAACAUUAACCAGAGCUUGCUGACGCUUGGAAGAGUGAUUACAGCUCUGGUGGAGAGACAUCCACAUAUACCAUACAGAGAAUCAAAGCUCACCCGCAUCCUCCAAGAGUCCCUCGGAGGCCGCACCAAGACCUCCAUCAUCGCCACCAUCUCCCCCGGCCACAAGGACCUGGAGGAGACCAUGAGUACCCUGGAAUAUGCCCAUAGAGCCAAGAACAUCCAGAACAAGCCGGAGGUGAACCAGAAGAUGACCAAGACCGCCAUGCUAAAGGAGUAUGCCGAGGAGAUCGACAAGCUCAAAAGAGACCUGCAAGCGGCCAGGGAUAAAAAUGGCGUGUGCUUAUCCAGCGAAACCUUCGCUGAAAUGAACCUCAAAGACGAAGAGCAACGCAAGGAAAUACAGGAACUGCUGCUAAAGAAGCGCGCCAUGGAGGAGGAACGGGAUCGUAUGGAGACCGUGUUCAAUGAGCUGAAUCAGACGCUGCAGGAACGGGUGUCAGAGCUGAACAACACGAGACGGGCUAUGCAGAACACGAAGGAAACGCUCGCUAAUACUAAGAAUGCACUCCAAACCACUAUGAUCCAGUGCGAGGAGCAGAAGCACCUGGUCAGCAGGCACCGCGCCACGGAGCAGGAGCUGAGCGCGCAGGCCCGGGACAUCAUGCACGUCGCCGACACGGCCGCCACGCACGUGCACCAUCUACACGCCAGUGUGGACAAACGCAGAAUGGUGGAAUCGACGAAUGUCCAGGUGACGCUCCGCUACCGCCAGCAGGCGGGCGCGCUGCGGGCCGAGGUGGCGGGCGGCACGCAGGCCUUCAUCGAUGCCCUGGCGCACGCGCUGCAGACCUUACAUCAGCAGACAGACAGCUACACAUCGAGUAGCACAAGUAGCAUGGAACAAGAUAAAAAGAAGUUGGAAGAGCUUGCGCAGAAAAUUCUUGAAACUACUAAUGAGACGUCAUCAACAUCCAACAACCAGUACGAGACGUUCGUAAACGUGUUAUCUCGCGGUCGGGAGGAGCUGACGGCGGGCCCGAGCAGUCUGUACGCGUCGUUCCGCGCCGCGCUGCUCGCCUGCCUGCAGCGCGCCGCUGCGGGAAAACAACGCGUCAGCGAAUGGGAUGCACCGCAGGCCAUUGAGAAAUUAGUGCAAGGAUGGCUCAACGACAGUACAGAGCGCGUGGCCUCCCUGCGCCGAUCGCACGAGUGCUAUCACAGUUCUGCCUCCGAGGCGGAGGCGCGGCGCAUCGAGCUAUACAAGAGACAACGUGACGCUCGCAGACAACGCGUGUUGAAAGCUAGCGGGAGAAUUGAUGCCGCAUUAACUCAACUACAAACCGAGAGGUCUCACCUAGAAAACCGCGUCACGAAACAACUGUCCGACAUCGAACACGAGCGCCGGGAGGGCGAGGCGCGCCUGGAGCGCUGGGCCGAGGAGGAGCGCCUGCGACUGGCGCGACACGUCGAGGCCGAGCGCCAAGCGCUCUACGCCAGGCUCGACAAGAGGAUAGCUGAUGUCGAACACGAGAAGAACACUUUAGAAGAACGGCUCAGGAAUAUCGAGUCAUGGCGGGCGGAGCAAAUGGCGGCGGCAGAGGAAGAAAACAAGAUGGCGGACGCCGAUCUCGCGGAGUGCGAGGCCGGCGGCACUGCGUGCCUCAAGUGCAUGGACAAGUACAGCAAGGAGCUUGUCGAGGGUACGAUCGCUCUGAACGCGGACCUGCGAGCGUUCUCGGGCAACAUCGUGCACGUGACGGAGCACUACAACAAGGAGCUGCUGGACCUGCUCACGAGUGCCACGGAACAGAUCGAGCAAGAGGCGAACUCUGCCAUCGCGUUAGGAGAGCAGAGCACGCAGCAGCUGUGCGAGCGCACCAACGACACGCUGGACAGUGUCCUGGCCGGCAACAAGCAGCUGCUGGAUGCCGUCAUGCAGAAGAUUGAGGCGUCAGCCGCUGCGACCGUAUCCUCGUUAGCGACCGUGUCGUCGUCCACGGCCGGCCUCGUGCAGCGCUCCCGCGCGGCGCUGGCGGCGCAGCGCGGCGCCGUGCAGGGGCUGCUGCAGCGCGCCGCCGUGUUCCACGACGACGUGCGGCGCGCGCUCGCUCACCACGAACAGCUCGAGGGGAGGGCGUUUGGGGAGGACUUCAAGCUGUACUCGCCCACUGGCAAGACGCCGGUGCGGCAGGAGUACCGCUUCCCGCGCGCGCUGGCGGCCACGUCGCCGCCCGACCGCAUCCUCGCGCGGUUCCGCGCCAUGCGGCACAACGGACACGACGAGGAUUGCAUAGUGUUGGAGUCGGACGCGUCGAGCCGGCCGGCGUCGGACAGCGAGUCCGUGUCGGAGGACUCGGCGCUCAGCGAGCUCACCUCGCCCUCGCCGCCCGCCCAGCCGCCCGCCGAGCCCCGCCCGCCCAGUGCUAUGCUCAAGUGUACGUCCGAAACGGAUCUUUAUUACAGAAAGCAGGCCGGCAAGGAGAACGGCGCGGCGGCCCGCGCGCCGGCCAGCCACACGAAGCGCUCCCGCCUGCCCGCGCCCGCCAGCCACAAGAAGCCGCUCGUCGAGAGGAACGACUAACAUCAGCCUUACCAACUUGCACAAACAUUUAUUAGCGAUAACAAAUCUUCUAAUCGAUAUCCGUAUCCGUCAUCAUCAUCAUCAUCCGUAUCCGUCAAAAUGCUAAUAUUAGGUGUAGCCAUAUGCUGUAUCUUUAGGUAUUUAACCUAUUGACCGCCACAGUCGGCUCUGGCCGUCAUCGGAAAGUCUUGCCAAGGACGCCAACGUCGGCUCCAGCCGACAGCAUCGCCAAUUGAAUAGGAAAUUUUGCGGAACUCCAUAAAGUUCAGUUUCGCUUAAAUAAUCGCGUGUGCCUGGCGUCCGGGGCGCGGCAUAUUCCUUCGCCGUCUGGCGUUCAAAAGGUUCAAUAAAACUAAACAAACAAUAGGGAAUAUUACGCGAAACUGCGUAGGGGGCGCCACUACCACAUCCAUCACAAUCUGAGGGCCUACCGCGAAUCAAAAAUAUCGUAAUUUCGUUAUCUAACCUCUCUAUCACUUGCAUAUUUGAGCGAUGAAGAGGCAGAUACAUUUCGAUUUUCGCGUUUCCCAAUAGGCCCUUUGUAAACAAACCGCCUCGAUGCAUCAAUGUCACAUUUUAUUAUCUCUGAAAACUUCUCAAAAUACAGUUUAAAGCUCAGUAUGCAUAAGUUACUCUAUGGUUUAAGAUACGUGCUAGUGCUGCACUCUGGCGGCAGAACAUUACAGUAAUACUCCUUAUUUGUACAUUUUCGGGUAGUUUUAACAUAUAUUCGCUAAUCAACCAAAUACGAAACCGCCUGGAUCUGUGACUGAACGAUCUGACUUAAACCUACAUUAUUUGAUAAUAGAAUGUUUUCAUCUACCCUCAACUGGCUUAAGAAGCCUAGAUUUUGCUAACUUUUAUUUAAAUACCUAAAGAUACAGAGUAUAGACGUUAAUCUCAUAGAUCGUGUCAUUCACGAAGACGCAUGCCUUGACACGUAUUGUCAUAUUAUUAAAGGUUAGAUUUGACAAAUCUGCGCGUCAACGUGGAUGACACAAACUAAUAACAAUCGAAAUGUACACGGAUCGCCAUCGGCAGGGUUCAUCAUUACACGCACUCCCUGCUGAGGUUUCCUCGAGUACAAUAUAGGCAAAGAAAAUUUGAAAUAGAGGUGAAAACUUUUAGAACGCCAUUUAACUUUGAUCCUUAUUCUUUCACUAAUAUGUCUUAAAUUUGUUAAAUAUCAAAAGUGGCGCCAUCUACUAGAACAUAGGUCAAAGGUAUGGCGGCAGCUUCUCAAGCGACUAUGACAAAUUUAACACAUAUUA